CAGCAGCAACAAUAACAGCGAGCCACAUGAGCAGCAGCAGCGCGACGCAGCCGACGCCGACGCAGACGCCAACGUCGUCGCUUAAUGGCGAGCAUAAAAAGUGAAAUGCCGCCACUGCACGCGGCCGAGACGCUAACCGCCGCCGCCGCCAGCAGCAGCAGCAGCAGUAGCAGCGGCAUUGCAACAGACAGCGGCGGCGGCACAACAUCAACAGCAACAGCAGCAACUGUUGCAACUGUUGCUGCUGCCUCGCCAAAUGCGAAUGCAACAAUCAGCGCCGCUGCCGACUCCAGUGAUAAUCAGCCAGGCACGCCGCAGCCAACACAACAGCGACAACUCCAGCAGCAACACCAGCAACAGUAGCAGCAGCAGCAGCAACAACAACAACACAUCAGCAGCAGCCAACAGUCGCUAAUCUCUGCCGAGGCACAGCAGCAGCAACAGUUGUCGUCGGGCAUAACGCAUCAGCCUUAUGCCACACAUCAAAUGUAUGCCGCACAGCAGCAGCAACAGCAGCAGCAGCAACUCUACUACGCCAGCGAUAUGCAGCAGCAACAGUUGCAGCAGCAACAACCCAGCUACGCAGCGAGCAGCUACAUCAACAGCUACGAGCAAUUCUAUCAGCAACAGCAGCAGCAACAGCAACAACAGCAAAGUGUUGCUGCCGUUUCUGAUUAUGGCGGCGCUUAUAUUGACUACAGCAAAGUGUCCGCGGUGCGUUAUCAUCCCUACUUGCAACAGCCGACUUCAGUUUUGCCACCACCACCACCAGCAACGGCAGCAGCAGCAGCCGCCGCAGCUGCAGCAGCCGCAGCAACAGUGGCAGCAGCAGCUGAUGACAUUGCAGCAACGGCAGCAAUGAGUCCGCGUGUCGUCAGCAGCAGCAGUCCCACAUCGACGUCGUCUCACUUGCAAUUGAGCAGCGUGACGCCCAGUUCGCCGGGCGGGGGCGGGGGUGGCAACUGCAAGUUGCAGUGCAAAAAAUGUGGCAUACUCAACACAAACGAAACGGAGUUGCACGAACACAUCGCCAAUGUGCACGGAGAGUCGCCGUAUGGCAGCAGCGGCUACGCCAGCUCACCCUACAUCAAGGAGGAGUUGCCGACGGCGACGCCAACCGUUGCCAGUGGCGAGCUGCUCGAUUUGGACUCGCAAAAGAUGGUCUACCACCAGCAAUUGCUGCAACAGCAGCAGCAGCAACAAUUGUCGCAGCAACAGCAGCAGCAGCAACAAUUGUCGCAACAUGAUCUUGUUGCUGGUUUGCCGCUGGCAUUGCCAGAUCCGCUGCACUCAAUGCAAUCCAUGCAACAGCGUGCACUGCACAGCUGGGAGCAACAGCAACAUCAUCAUCAGCAUCAGCAGCAGCAGCAGCAACAGCAGCAACAUCAACAGCAGCAGCAGCAACACUUGCAACAACAUCAGGCUGGUGUUGAAGGUUUGCCGGCAUACAUGCAACCAUUGCUGGAGAAGUCGCCACAUCAUUAUUAUGCAACGAAACAGUCUCCGUAUCAGCCGAUGAUCAAGCAAGAGUAUCUCAUCAAAUCGGAGUACGCCGAUUCGCAGCAUUAUGUGGAUAAAUCUUUCGAUCCGACGACAGCCGAGGUGACAACCAGUCCGGCUGAAUAUCCCAGCACAACCACUGGCAAUCCAUCAGUUGCCGUUGCUGGCAAUGAUGCAACGUCUGUUGCUGCUGCAACGGGUGGUGGUGGUGGUGGUGCAGGUGCUGGUGCAACGGGUGGAUCGGGUGGUGCAGCAGCAUAUCGCAACUUUGAGCCACCCAGCUCAAGUUCGGUGCUGCCCGCCAACAGUUUAACGGCCAAGGCGGCCACCUGGAAAUCGAAUGAGGCACGUCGUCCAAAGACCUACAAUUGCACUGCGUGCAACAAGUGGUUCACCAGUUCCGGCCAUUUGAAGCGGCACUACAAUACCACGUUGCACAAGAAUGCGGUCAAGUCGAGUGGCCAACCAGAUCCGGCCACUUUGCCCAUUUCGGCGCAUCAUCAUCCUGCACGCGAUCCGGUCACCAAGACCAGUCGUCGUGGCAAUGCUGCAGCAGCAGCAGCAGCCGCCGCCGCAGCAGCCGCCGCAGCAGCCGCAGCAGCAGCAGCAGCGGGUGGAGGAACAACAGUUGGUGAUGUGCCAACGGCACCGGAACCGCCGCGCAGUCCGCCGGACUACGGCGGUGUUUGUGGGGCGACGGGCGUGCCGGUGGGCGGCGCCAUGUCGCAAUAUUCGGCCUCGCCGUCGCCCACCAAUGCCGCCCAGCAGCAGCAGCAGCACCAGCAACAGUUGCUGGCGAGCAGCAGCAAUGGCUAUGCGAGCAAUGGCCACCACUAUCAUCAUUACAACAUGCAACCACAACAGCAACAAGUGCAAUCGACGACAAACGCUUCUCCACAGCAUGCUAACAACAGCAACAACCAACAACAACAACAGCAGCAGCAACAGCAACAACAGCAGCAGCAGCAACACAACAAUUCCGUUUUGAACGGUCACCCAAACGGGCUAGCAGGUCCCUCCGCCCCCAUCAACAACAACAACAACAACAACACACAAAUGCCGUCCUCCCAAAUGAGGGGCCUGCUGAACAAAACAACAACCACCACCAACAACAACAACAACUCACCAACAACAACAACACCAACAACAACAGCCACAAUUAUAAAGAUCGAACAAAUGGAGGACAGCAACUCAGCAAUGGUCAUGGAGGAGCAGCAACAGCAACUGGAACAGCUGGAGCAGCAACAGUUGGAGGAACAGCAGCAACACGUCUUGCUGCAAACUGCUCACCCAACACAGCAGCAGCAGCAGCAGCAAGCGCUCAGCUAUCACAGCAGCAACAGCAACUCGCCGCUUACUAUUUACCACCAACAGCACCACCACCACCAACAACACCAACAGCAGCAGCAGGAGCAACAACAACAACAGCUGCUGCUGCCGCUGCCGCUGCAGCAGCUGCUGCCGCAGCCGCCGUCGCAGCGGGAGGAGGUGGAGGGGGAGCACCACCACCAGCAGCAGCAGCAGCAGCAGCAACUGGAGCAAGCAAUGGAUUUCUCGCGCACCACCAUCACCACCACCAUCACAACGCCGCCGCUGCUGCCGCCGCCGCCGCCUAUGGGAGCGCUGCUGCCGUCUAUGGGAAUGGAUUACAACAUGCUGGCUUUGGAUAUGCAGCAGCAGCAACCGCAGCAACAGCUGUCGCCGCACAGCAAUAUGCUGUCGUGCAGCAGCAACAUCAGCAUGCAGCAGCUGCAGCUGCCGGCCAUUAUUACCACCACGCCCACCACGCCCAUGCCCAUGCACACGCCCAUCACGCCCAUGCCCACGCCCAUGCUGCCCAUCAUGCCCAUCAAUAUGGACAUGGCAUGCACCACUAUGGGGCACCAAUACCAGCUGUCGCCGCCGCCGCCACAGCAGCAACUCUUGCUGGUGGACAACAGCAGCAGCAACAGCAGCAGCAGCAACAGUAUAGCCAGCAGCAGCAGCAACAGCAACAACAACAUCACCAGCAACAUUUGCUACCAGCAACUGCCGCCAUUGCUGGAGCACACAAUGAGCUAUCACACUAUUAUUGGUAACGAUGCGGCCCAUUAUGAUGCCUAUGCGAACAACAACAACAGCAGCAGCAAUAGCAACGACAUCGCUGCUCAUCAUCAUCAUCCCCAUCACCAUCCACAGAUAUUGCAACUGAUGCCCGCCACGCUAUUUGCACCAUAUGCAGCAGCAGCGGCAGCAGCGGCACAUGCACCACUCUCCCCAUAUUCGGUUGCCGCACAGCGUUCGCCGCAAGAGGGCGAUUUGCCGCCGGUGCACACGUUGACGCAUGCGUUGCAGGUACAGCAGGAGGCGCAACAGCAACAGCAGCAGCAGCAGCAACAUCUGCAACAUCAGUCGGCAACAACAACAACGUUAACAUUGCUGACCACGCCCACAGCAUACUCGCCCACAGUGAGCAGUUCGCGUGCAACUCCAGCAUUGGAAUUGGACAUGGCAAUGGUCAUGGCACAACAGCAACAGCAACAACAACAGCAGCAGCAGGAUUAUGAACUUGAGCAGCAUUAUCUGCAGCAACAGCAACAACUUGAGCUUGCGCAGCUGCAGCAGCAACAAUUGCAACAACAGCAACACGAACAACAGCAGCAGCAGCAGCAACAACAACAACAACAACAAGCUGUUGCUGUGCUGCCCAAGAAGCGACGUGCUGCUGCCGUCACAACAACAACAAUAUUAGCUCAGCAGCCGCCCAGCAAGCGACGUCGAAACAACAGCAUUGGUUCAACGUCGCCACAUUCGACAACGUUGCCAUCGGGUCGCAUCAAGUGCUUGGAAUGCGACAAGGAGUUCACCAAAAACUGCUACCUGACGCAACACAAUAAAUCGUUUCAUUCUGGUGAGUAUCCGUAUCGGUGUCAAAAGUGUGGCAAGCGAUUCCAGUGCGAAGAUGUGUAUACGACACACUUGGGGCGACAUCGCACCCAGGAUAAGCCGCACAAAUGCGAACUGUGCCCCAAGCAAUUCCAUCACAAGACAGAUCUGCGGCGACACGUGGAAGCGAUUCACACGGGCCUCAAGCAGCACAUGUGCGAUAUCUGUGAGAAGGGCUUCUGUCGCAAGGAUCAUCUGCGCAAGCAUCUUGAGACCCACAAUCGUCCGCGUGUCGUUGGCAAAAAGGCUGCUGCUGUUGCCGCCGCAAAGGCUGCAUCGGCAACAGCAGCAGCAGCAGCAACUCGAACUGCAACAGCAGCAGUAGCAGCAGCAACAGUUGCUAGUUUGGCACUCAAGCUGGACGAUGUUGCUGCUGAUGAUGAUAGUCUGCUUGAUGAUGACGACGACGACGAUGAUGAUGUUGUUGAUAAUGAUGAUGUU